UCUGAGAAAUGUAAACAAAAUCAAUAUUUUUUUUAUUUAGGCCAUUAUUAAUUUUCUUGAGAGUAUUUUUUAUUUAUACUCAAGUUACAAAUGUUUACAUUACAGAGUAUGGUAGUUUUAUUUUUAGUUUUUCAAUUUGCUCGUCCGUGCAACAAACGCGCCAAGCUUCAUUUUUAGUAGUGUUUAGUAGACCAGCAGCCAGCAAUAGCAAUGUGAAAAUAUUUAGGUUAGGUAAACCGAAUAAUUUUUAUUAUUCAUGAUUAUUCAACAAUCCAAGUAAUAAUUUGUUUUUAAAAUAACAAUUUUUCUCCACUGUCAAAUGCAAACAAUCCAAAUUUCAGUAUAAUGCAUUAACCCUUUUGGACAGUGCUACAAAUUGAAGCAGAAUUCACAUUUGCACUAAUUUUCAAUAAAAUGGUUUUCAAUUAUCAUUAUCACAAGUAAAUGAAUCUAAGUAAUACGCGAAUGUAAAAUUAUGAGUGUCCCUAUGUAUUUUCCGUGUUUAGUUGUCCAAAAUCUUAUGAAAAAGCUAAUUGUUGACACUAAACGCUAUCAAUCCCAACAAUAUGGUUUCAAACCAAGUUUUAAAAUUAACUAUGGACUUGAUGCCAUGCAAGUGGUUGCACUACAUCAUUAUCCAGAGUUAGUUGAUCAGUGCUGUGAUUUGGUGAAUUCUGAAUGGAAGCGCAGCCGGACUGCGAGGAUGCGGAGCUUUGAGAGCUCCUGUGACAAGCUACCCACGAAUUUAGUCCUUGUGCAAGAAGCAAAUGUCAUUGGUCACUCAAAACUUUCAGUAAUUCCAUCCAUGCCAGAUGCAUGCUUUCUGGAAUCAGUUGUUAUUGACAAGGAGUUAAGAGGCAAAGGAUAUGGAAAAUAUUUGAUGAAUCGGAUUGAGGAGCAUUGCCGAAGAAUAGGUUUGCGCAUGAUAUUUUUAUCAACCAAAGACAAAAUGGAAUUUUAUGAGAAAUUAGGCUAUGAUAUGUGUGCCCCGGUUUCGAUAUAUGGACAAUAUGUUCGAACGCAAAUGCCAAGUUCUGUUAGACCAAUGCCGCCAAAUAUAGGUAAAAACGGAAGUGCGGCGGCACCGCAACCUGCACCACCGCCACCUCCUCCUCCACCGGAAUUAUACAAUGGUGCAGAUCCCAAAAAGAAGAAUUUUAUGAGUAAGGUGUUGUGAUGAACAAUGUUUGUCUUUUUGCACAGUUACUUAAUACCGUCUCCUGUCAAGUACAAUUAGCACAUCCACAGACUUCAAAAUGACUUGUUAAGCCCUCUGGCAUGUUCUUUGAUCACAAGAAACAGAAAAUUGUUAAUUGUUUAGAUUUGUGGAAAAUCAAGGGUCUAAUAUGGUGUCGCUGUCAAAUUUGCGUUUAAGUGCUUAUACGUAUUGUUUUAAUACAAAUUUACUUUUAUUUUAAAGUUAAUAAAAUUUGCAUACACUAAAAAUGCAGAUUUGCCGAUA